AAAUUUAGUUUAGGAUUUUUACUCACUUAAUAAAUAUAUUUACGAAAAUAAUUUAAAUUAUGUAAGAUAUAUAAACACUCAUGAAUGGUUGACCGGGAAAUAUUUGAAAGUGUCAUUUUUAGAAGUUAAUUUGCAGCAAUAGUUUAUUUUCAGUUUUUAAUACCAAAAUGCCAGAUCACGACACUGUUUUAUAUACGCAAGUUCAACCAUGGAGCACAGUAGGCGCUACGCCUUGUAUGGAACAAGUCGCUGGACCUCCUAUGCCCACAAGAAUUGGAAAUUAUUAUCAAACGCCUCUACCUCACCCAUGGAGACCUACAAUAGGUUACGAAUUAGUUGAAGCUAUGCCACUGCCGAGCCAACAUGCAACAAAUGCCAUGGUGGAUCCGUGUUAUACUCCUUAUGGGAUGGCCACAGAACCUUUGAAAUUCCCUAACCUGGUCACCGGUUUUGAGCGUAAUCCCGCACAUGCAGCAAGGGCAGCACUCUACACAAGAUAUACUCCCCUGGAGUGGACUCAAAAUGCUUUAAAACUAUUCAACGAAUCGGACACCAAUAGAAAUUACUCUGAAAGAUUAAGAGGAGAUUUUAUUAGAGUUAUGAGAGAAACCGACGAAAAAACUGCACAAGGCCAACGGGAAUCCGGCAGGAGAUUGGGUGAGAGAAUAACUGAUACUACAUUCUGGAGGAAUGAAGUGCGAACAGAACUGGAACGUCUGAUUGCGGAAGCUGAUUUGAUGCAAGGAGUAAAGAGGGCAGUGCAAAAAGCCUUAGAUGAUAUCGAAGGUCCUUUGCAUAUUGCACAAGAAUGUUUAUAUCAUAGAGAAAAAAGAGAUGGAAUCGAUAUGGUUCACGACAUAGCUGAACAUGCUUUACUGAAAGAAAUUGAAACCUAUAGAAACAAACAAGAACAACUAAGAAUCUUGUUGUCUAAAGCAUCGGAUCAGAUGAGAAAUAAUAGAGCAGCUCAAGCUGAGCUAGAAAAGGAUGUACAGAGCAAAGAUUCUGCGCUUGGAAUCGAUAAUAUGUGCCAUCAGCUAAAUAAUUUUUCCAAGGGAAUCAACUAUUACGGAGGAAUAGAAAAAUAUGAUCCCACGACAAGUAACACAGUGACUUGGGCAGAAAACAGCAACAGAAUCGUGCAAAGAUCCCAAUCAGAGCGAGGAAAGUCAGCCCAAAUGAGAUCCGAUAUCGACAACUUGAUCAAUGCCUGUGCUCAGGAAGUGUGGGAUGCUUGGAGUAAUACCAACAAUGCACUAGCGAGAAGAGCAGCAGAAACGUUAGAAAUCAAAAGCAAAUUACAAAUGCAAUUACACAAAGUACAGCAAGAAAUAUUUGACUUGGAGAAAAACAUUGAACUUUUAAAAAAAGCUAUCGUUGAUAAAAGUAACCCGAUGAGAGUUGCCCAGACGAGAUUGGAGGCCAGAAGCCAUAGAAAAGAGAUAGAAUUGUGUAGAGACACUGCACAGGAUAGACUGGUGUACGAAGUAAAAGAUCUUCAAGACAGCAUAGAAAUAUUACACAGAAAAUUGCAGGAAGCUGAAGCCCAACAUCAGCAGCUACUAAAAACUCGUUCUACCCUAGAGACCGAUUUACACAACAAAGUCAAUUCAUUAUUUAUAGACAGGGAAAAGUGUAUGGGCCUACGAAGGUCAUUCCCUAUUACAGCUACGAUUAAAUAUUAAUUCUGGAAGUUGGAUCAGUAGAAAAAAUAAGAUGUUUGGUUCUGGCACUUUGAAUAAUCUACGGCGUCAUGUAUCACUAGACCAUACGCCAUUUUGACUGGUUGCAGUAUGCAAACUGUGCAUUAGUGCAAAUAUUAAUGCACAGCUUAGCAUUAAAAUCGACUAAUGUUCUAACGCCUUAUCGUGUCUUUCGAUAGUUCUCCACAGAAUCUUUCAAUCUCUUUUUCGCCAGCCUUUUCCGUCAGUGCAUAUACAUUGUCAAGUUAUGUAGUUUACCUUUGAGUCGCAUGGUACAAAUUCUGUCUGAUAUUGGUGUAAAUGCGAUAAUGGCUUUUCGCAGUCUUUUGGUUACUAAAAACCUUACUCCACUUUCAACUUCAGUUCGUUUCCAGAGUAGUUAGUAAGAAUUUAUUUUUACAAAUUGCUCCCUGGCUUUUCCAUCUAAUUUCCUGCAUUGCCAAUAUUUCAACUACUAUUGGCCAAGUUCUUCUGCCAUACCUACUUAUCACAGAUCCUGCCUUUAAGAGGGUUCGCACAUUCCAGGUUCCAAAUUUUAAAUCCAUAACCAUUUGUCUUUGCUGAGUUCAUUGUUGUGAGAUCCAUCUGUUUGUUCCAUUAGCCAUUGUAGCAGCAAUCGAGUUUUACGAGGAAGGGUUGUUAGCCCUUCACUCAAUCCCCUAUUCAUAAGAGGACCAAGGCUCCAUUCUUCGUCAGCCCUGACACCACCUUCUACUGGGGGGUUGGUUACCCAAUAUCCCAGUGGAUUUGCUCAGGUUACUGGUGUAUACUAACUUGGAGAUGAAGAUAUGAAUUGAGUAGGAGAGGCUAAGUGAUGCCAACAGGAUCAUGUAUUUGCAUACAGUAAUUAAUUUUUGCAUUUAUAAAAAUUACUAUACCAACAGAAGGCUUAUUAUUACAAAAUUUGUAUAUAAGAAAUUGCUCUAGUAGGUAAUAAAAAAAUCUGUUAUAAGACAAAUGGUUUUUGGUAUAGACAAUAAUUUUCAAAAAACUGUUAUCAAGGUAGAAAUGUUGGAAACCAGUUUUAUAUAUCAUGAAGAUUGUGCAAGAGUCUUAAAUUUAGGAAAAUGGCUAUUUGUCUAGUGAUGCAUAACUCGGCCCACAAUAGGAUAUUACAAAAUGUUUAAUGUUUAAAAAAUCCUAGCUAAAGUACCAGUGACAAAAAAAUAUCAAACUCCACAUGCAACUGCACACACUAAAAAUAAUUGUUUAAUAAAAUAAUAACUUAAUAAAAACAA